UUGUCGAAAAACCAAACGGACAAACGGUCCAUCCAUAAGACGUUCUUUUCCUCAAACAGUAAUCGAUCGAAUAAGACGCUUCAUCUCGGCAUGGUGGUGUUUUGUUUUUUGGUCGAUCAGACUCUAAAGAUGCGGCGGACGAAGCCGGUGGCCGGAUCAUGUUCAAGGUGCGGCCGGGGAGCGAAAGUCGCGGAUAUGUCGACGGCGACGAGGUUCUGUUACAUCCCAUUUUAUUGGAGAUCGUGGAAAGCCAUCGUCUGUACGUCAUGCGGCGCCACCCUUAAAACUUAUCGAUGACUUAAUCUUUCAUACAACUGAUACGAAUGUAGUUGUUCUUGAUGUUCAUAAUCAUUUAAUUGUAUCGUCUUUAUAAGGAAAGACAUACCGACUGCUGGUUUCAGAGCUUCACUUCUAUCUUUCUUGUCGUUCUGAAAGAAACUGACUGGUGGGUACGGGUAUCUUCAUAUUUCAGAAGACUGCAAGAUGACCUAAAAACCCCGUUACGGAUUAGGAUAGUAAACCGUGGGACCCCAAACCCAUGGUCCCGAUCUCAUAUUGGGAUAUUUGUUAAAAAAAUCGCGAUAGAAGCGGAGGCACGGACAAAGUUGAACCCGUUUUAGUUUCAGAGCGGGGACGGGGUAGCCAGUCCCCGUCAUGAGGGCCGUUAAUAUAUUAUAUAUAUUAAUUAUAUAAGGGGUGUUUAUUUUAAAAUGAUUUUUGAAUUUUUAACUUUUCUAAAAAGUUAGAAAAGUCCGAACGAUAUUUGUUAAGUGGAAAAGUUUUUUUUAAAACAACUUUUUACCAUGAACAAAAAUAUAUUUUUUCAAAAGUUAUGAAAUUUUAUUUUUUUGUGAUUUUUGAAGGCUUACCAAAUAAAUUACAUUUAUACAUAUUAUAACUAUCCAAACACUUUUUAAACAUUUUCUUUUUAAUUAUUUUACAUGUAAAAAUUAAGUCAAAUAUUUUUUAAAAACAACUUUUAGCUUUUUUUUUUUUUUUUUUUUUUUUUUUUUUUUUUCAUUUAAAAGCUAAUCCAAACACAUUUUAAGGAACUUCUUUUGUAAAAAAUCCUUUUACAAAAAGAUUAAAAAGUAAUCCCAAAAACUCUCUAAAUAUAAUAAAUAAUAGCAAUGAUUUUGAGCUUCUAAAAAUCAACAAAAAAAAUCAUAUUUUUAAGUUGUUAGCAUAACGUUUUUGAGAUGUGAUACAUUUUUGUUUUAAACAUAUAAAAUUAUAUUAUAAAUAAUUAUUUUUAACUCAAAAAAUAGUUUUUUUAAGUCCAAAAAAACAACCUAUUUUAGCCCAAUAAAAAAAUCUCAAAAUCAAUUGUGGGAGGGAAACGAGAGCGGGGGCGAAAUUCGAGGCGGGAACGGGGGUGCGGAUGCUGGAAAUUUUGGGAGAGGGGAAACAGAGAAAUUUCGGAAAUAAGGACUCGUUUACCCCGUUGACAUUCCUAAAAUUGUAUAUUUUUGUGACUUUGUUGUUGUCGUUUUAGUGAUUAAGUCAUUAUGUGAGUGUCUUUCUUUUAAAAAAUUGCAUGAUAGCAUAAAACUAUUGGUUCGUAUUUUUAUUUUUCUUGUGGUUUUGUGAAAAAAAAAAAGAACGAAAUAGUUGGUGUCAUAUGUAACCAAUCUAAAAAUGUUAGGUUGAAACUUGAAAUUCUACUAUUAUUGUCAUUAUAAACAGAAAAGGAUUCAUGUGCA